GGCGGGAGUCGCAAUUCAAAUGCCAUUGGAAUUAAUUAUUUAUAAAUCUGACGGAAUUACGACGUUUGUUUGUCUAGCUGUAAUUUUUCGCCUACAAAUUUAAAGAGCACAAAAGGAAAGGUCUGCAGAACUAAAGUGUGAAAACAUACUGGACAGGACGGAAACUUAACAUAACGAUGGCAGUGGAACAAAAGAAGAUAACGUUAACUUACCUAUUGCAAUGGAGCUUAGUUUAUUUAUACAUAGGUGUACUGCCACAAUCAGCUGGACUUCCCCUCGUUGAAAGAGGACCUCCCUUUACAUGUCCAAAGCCCAACGGCAAAUUCCCAGAUACCACCAAUUUAAAAAACAAUACAUAUUACUCAUGUAAAAAAGGAGAGGCAACACGAAUGACGUGUCCAUUCUUAAACAAAUAUUGUGUCGACAGAUGUCAGCCCAUAAACCUCAAGUGUGACUAUAAUAAAGAAAUUCAAAGUUGCAAGAUUGGUAAAAUUCGAUUACGAAAGAACAGUUGUGAAUUCCAAAUUUGUGACGGAAAAAAUUCCACGUGGCAAACGCAUGGCUACCUGGUAUCCCGUACUUGCUGUAGCGACGUUCCACCAGAGCAGAGAGCUGACGAAUGCAAAGUUCUUGAGAGUAAAACUAAUAAAGAAUGGCUUGAUUUGAUGGGUGGAUUUACUUGCUCCAAAAGGCGUGGGUUAUUUCCCGAUCCAACUGAUUGUCACCGCUUCAUUGCAUGUAGGAAAUUUCAACCAACUCUAAGAAUGUGCCCAAAACAAUUAUAUUUCAAUUCAGAAAAGCGACGGUGUGAAUGGGAAAAUGAUGACUCGUGCUUCGCCAACGUGACAAACGAUAUUACUAUUGUGAAAGGGGCAACUGCUUCUGUUGUAACCGAGGGCAUCAUUACGGAACUUACAAAUGAAAUUACUACAGAGGAGAUAGAGCCAACAACGAUGACUAGCAAACUAACAAAGAAAAUUACCGAUGCUACAGAAGCUCCUACUAUAGAGACUACGUCCAAAAUGACAGAAUUAACAACGAAUCGAGUGCCAGACAGUUGUUCUGGUUUUGGCACCCUAACUAUAGAUAAUUGUUAUAAAUAUUUUUGUGAUCAAAGAGAAAGCAAAUGGAAAUUUAACAACGUGUGUGAGGUGAAUGAUGAAUGCUGUAGAAGAGAGAGUUGUACUUCACAAAAUUGUCGGGAUCAUUUAGAAAACUCAGUUGGACUCUUAUGAUGAUAGUUAUGCAUAGUUACGAAUUACAUUCAAAUCACAUGCAGGCCGCCAAGUUGUCAGGUGUGUCGCUGUGAUAUUCGUUAAAUGCCCAGGGAGUUCAC